AUCACCCCUGGAUGGUAUCGCUUCACUGGUGUUUCUGGUAACCCAAAGAUGCCCACUACAUGCCCACCUGUGCGUCGUUGUGGUACUCAUGCCCCAGGAUGGAUCAAAGGACUACAUCCUUCUGUGGCAGACGGUCAAGUGACUCGGGAAGUUUGUUAUCAUUGGUCAAACAAUUGCUGUCGGUGGAAAAACAACAUCAAAGUCAAGAACUGUGGUGCCUUUUACGUGUAUGAGCUGCAAAAAACGCCUGCAUGCUCGCUUCGAUACUGUGUUGCAUCUAAUGACCCAUGCAGCAACUACAAGAGCCUCAAUGCAGCCGACCGCCUCGAAUCUUACACUGGACAAAGCCCAGUCCGAUGUGAUCAGAGAGAUAUCACCCCUGGAUGGUAUCGUUUUACUGGUGUUGCUGGUAAUCCACAGAUGCCCACUACAUGCCCACCUGUGCGUCGUUGUGGUACUCAUGCCCCAGGAUGGAUCAAAGGAAAACAUCCUUCUGUGGCAGACGGUCAAGUGACUCGGGAAGUUUGUUAUCAUUGGUCAAACAAUUGCUGUCGGUGGAAAAACAACAUUAAAGUCAAGAACUGCGGCGUCUUUUACGUUUACGAGUUGCAAAAAACGCCUGUGUGCUCGCUUCGAUACUGUGCUGCACCUUGAAUGGUCUGUCGACGCAGCUCAGUCACAUGGCUUAGUGAGGCUUAGAGAGCCACACAUUCAUUUGUUUGAUAACUGUCAAGUGUCACUCUUAAAAUAAAGUUUGCUUGCUUGACUGAUUGAUU